AUGAAGUUCUUUGCAAAUGUUUUCAUGGGAAUUUUUAUCUUUGAUACCGUUAUGGCUGCCCCUACAAUAAGUUCUAUAAACUAUGAGUCGGAAAUAUAUGAUGUUGAAGAUCUGGAUAACCUCUAUGACUAUGAUGAAAAUCUAUCUGUUGAUCAGUCACAGAUAGAGAUUGGAACAGUGUUACCAUUCAUAACAAGGGAGAUUUAUUUACCUGCACCACUGCCAGAAGAUAUUGAAGAAGAAGCUUCCACACCCAAACUUAUUGAUGGCUCUUCACCCCAUGAGCCAGGAGUUCUUGGCCCCCAUACACAUGAAGGUCUUCCAACUUGUCUUCUCUGUACGUGUUUGGGUACUUCUGUGUACUGUGAUGAUCGUGAACUCGAGACUCUUCCACCAUUGCCCAAGCAAACCACCCAUUUUUACUCCCGCUACAAUAGAAUCAAAAAGGUCUACAGGGAUGACUUCACUAACCUAAACCACUUAAAAAGGAUUGAUUUGACUUCUAAUUUUAUAUCUGAAAUUGAUGAAGAUGCCUUCAGAAAUCUGCCUCAACUUCAGGAGCUGAUACUUCGAGAUAAUAAGAUAAGGCAACUUCCAGAAUUGCCACCAACUCUGAUUUUCAUUGACAUUAGUAACAACAGGCUGGGUCACAAGGGGAUAAAGCAGGAAGCUUUUAAAGAUAUGUUGGACUUGCAUCAUCUUUAUAUCACUGAUAACAACUUGGAUCACAUCCCAAUUCCACUCCCUGAAGGUCUCCAGUCACUUCAUCUUCAGAACAACAACAUACAAGAAAUGCAUGAAGAUACUUUCUGCAAAAUGAAAGACUAUUCAUAUAUCCGUAAAUCUCUUGAAGACAUCAGGCUAGAUGGCAAUCCUAUUAAUCUGAGCAAAACCCCUUAUGCCUAUAUGUGUCUUCCUCGUUUGCCUGUUGGGAGCCUUUUUUAACUUGGAACAGUAAUAAAAAAUGUCAGAUGAAAGGGUUUUCCCACAUUUAUCCCAUCACAAGAAUCUUAGUUCUGCUGCAAGAGACCAACAGUCCAGAGAGUCCAGUAGCCUGCUUCUUACAGAUAGCAACCAGAUGGGAAAUUAGAUUAUUUUAUGAAAUAUUGAUAAUAAAUAUAAAUAUACUCUUCUGUAAUAUAUUAAUAUUGCCUUGCAUGAGAGGAAAUGU